GUAAAUAAAAAUACGUGUCUAAUGUUUAAUAAUAAUAUAACAGAUGGAUAUUAAAUUAAAAAUUAGUCAUCUACUCUAUUGAAUGACUAUCAUGCAGAUAGCAGAUAUAUUGUAAAGUUCUUAAAUACCUAGGUAAACAAUUGAGGAUUAGGAUUCUAUCCCUUAAGUUUAAUAUUAUAAGUUCCUUAUUGCUUUAAAGUUUGCCUACAGUGGUCUCGAUUUUACUUUAAACCGAAUUGCGGAUGUAUGAAUCGAUACCAAUGUCUCAAGCGAUGAUUGAAUACGAUAAUGCUUAUCAAUACAUUAGAGUAUAUUUUAGAAUAUUAAAAGUAGGUUAGACCUAGAUUUAAUUGAGAACAAACAUGCCUAUAUAAUGUAUUUUCGAGAUAUAGUAAUUAAGCCAAUCAGUGUUUUUAUUUUACUUGUGUGUUAUAUUUUAAACUCUCUACAGACCGUCAUGGAAUACCGUUAUCUAUACUAAUAAUAAUUAUAUUAAAGUUAAAAAGUUUGCUGUCGCUAAUCUCAGUAACUGCCGGUCGAAUAUAGAUAAAAUUAUUUUGCAUUUGAUAGCCCGAUUCGGGACACAGCACGUACGGUUCUAAUGGUGUUACAGUUCGCUGUCUGAUUCGAUUAGACUGUGUUGGCAUAUCUACAGGCGAAUUCAGAAGGGGUCGAAUUUAUUUUUAAAUUACUUUAAUAGUUUUAAAUGUUCUACAUUUUUAUUAAAUAUUUAUUUUUAACAGUGCGACCAUUAUACUUAGAAUCAAGUUAGUAAGUAACCCUAAAUCUCUGUAAUAUCUCAAAAUCCGCUAUUCCUACCACGUAGUUCGUAGCGCAUAGUGUAGAUCGUAGCGCUACGACGCAUAGUUGGUAGUGCAUUGUUUGUAGUGCGUAGUUCGUAGCGCGUAGUUUACAUUGCGUAGCAGAAUAUUCACAUACAUAUUCAUUUCGUAGGCGUGCAAACCGUGGACUGAACUGAAGUCGCACGGAAAGAGAUUACAAAAUUCGUGGGUUUGCCAUUUUGUUACUUCAAAAACUAUUGUACAAUUAACAGAAAAGUAAUUAACAUUGUACCCCAUUAAGAAUAACGAUUCUUGAUGAAUAGUAAAGGUCUGGAGGCUUAUCUGCUAUCUAAGAAUACAUUGAAGGGAUCUCUAACGCUUUUGUAACAGGAACGUUUGUCUACAAUCUUUAUCAAGAAACGACUUCUAGAUAUAAUAAAAAGAAAACUAUUGAAAGGAAUCAUGAAUGAAUUUGUCAAGUUACCAAGGAAUAUAACUAGAAGACUUUGUGCCUGUUACUAAGCACUUAUCAAGUGUAAAUAUCAUGACUAAGUUAUUAGGACUUAGAGCAAAGUGGUUAGCUCGGUAGAAACCGCUAGCUUAGUAAGGACAGAUAUUAAACCAUUAAUUAAACUGAAUGGAUGGCGAUGUCAGACCGUUACGCUACAGCGCACACAAGGGCUUCUGCCUAUAAGUAAUUAAUUAACAUUACAUCAUCACUGUUCUUAGAGAUUUAGGCUGAUGUUAGUGAGACUUGCAGAUUGUAACUACCUACUUGUCUACUAAGGUUAUGGUUCUUGACUGUGAAGGAAAUGUCUGGCUAAUUUGAGAAUGAGACUCAAACACAAUCUCACGUGAUAGCUAUUAUCUUCACAAGCUAAUCAAAGAUGUUUAAGUUCACUCCAAAUCUUCUUAAACCCAUGUCGUUCCAGUUCAAUAACUUAAAUAGGGUAAUUAAGUACUUUGACGGUAAUUACUCUAAUUAACUUCCUAUAAAUUAAAGAUGUCAAAAAUAAUUGAACUUCUAAAGUCAUUAAGUGGACGAGCACAGAACGUUUAAUAUGUCUUCUGCAAUAUCUUCAAUUUGACAACCCUGAAAGUAAGUAAAAGAAAAAGAUUGUCACUUGAGACACUCACAAUGGGACAAGUAUCGAAGAAAGUGAGGAAGAAAGUCAAUUGGCAACUGCCAGCAAUCAAAAUUAAAAAAGAAAUGAAAUUAAAAUGGCGGUCGUAUCUCCACGCAUGCGCGUGCCAUCGACUUGCCUAGCUAGCACUGGCCGGCGGCAGUUCGCCGUUUGCAUCGCGUUGUGAUGUUCGCGCUCGAAUGGGAGGCGCGGGAUGGGCGCGCGGCGAAGCGCGCGUUGCUGAUGACUCGGACUUUGAAGCACUAAAGAAGCUCCUCGAAUCAGAAGUUGGCUGGACGCUGGAGUACGAGAAGGAUGGUGUCAAAGUUUGGGCAGAAGACGCGGCACACGGCGCGCUCCGAACUGUCAAGGUGGUGGCAGAGUUCGAGGACGUGGAACCUGAUGCCCUGUACGAUGUACUCCACGACCCUGAGUACAGGUCGGUGUGGGACACACACAUGCUGGCCGCGGAGGACGCUGGACAUAUCAAUGUCAACAACGACGUGGGAUAUUAUGCCAUGUCAUGUCCAGCGCCCCUCAAGAACCGCGACUUCGUGCUGCAGCGGUCGUGGUUGGACACCGGUGACGAGAAGAUGAUCCUCAACCACUCCGUCUUUCACAAGGAUUAUCCGCCGAGGAAGGGAUAUGUGAGAGCUGUCUCUCUGCUGACGGGGUUCGUGGUGCGGACGAGGUCUGGUGCCGGGAGCUGGCUCGGUUACGUCUCCAGGUCUGACCCUAGAGGUGCCCUGCCCGCCUGGCUGGUCAACAGGGUGACAGCACAACUAGCACCACGCCUGGUGCAGCAGUUGCACGCAGCAGCUCGUCGCUACCCUGGCUGGAAGGCGCUCACAGACCUGCCCUACCACAAGCCCUGGAGGCACCCUGAACAGGUCCCCCCGCAUAGGAUAUCUUUGGAUGAUUGCGUAGACCCCGACGCGCCACCGCCGCCCGAAGAACCAAAACCAGACACAUCCAAAGGCAAACUGGAAGUGCCACACCCCAAAGAAAUAGAGAGCCACAGCGUGGAAGACCUCGGCGACAUAUCUUCAGAGUUCAGCGUAGAAGUAGAAGAAGAUAGUCUAGACCACGCUCAAGACCCCAAAAAGAAAGGGAAAUUCUACAAACUUGUGAAGUCUAUGAAGAAUAGAAGGAAAAGUGUUCAGGUCGCGAAGAGUGCUGAUAACUUGGCUGACAAGCCUUUGGAGGAACGGCAGGAGAAGAAGAAAGGUUUUAAGUUUCAUAGGAGGUUUAGCCUGAGUCGAGGGAGGGAGGAUUGAGCUUAUACGCGUUGUGACUUAGACGGAUAGGGUUUGUGAAUUGAUUUUGAACUGCGUGAUGGCGUUUCUAGUAUUUGUAUGUACAUCUAGAGUGUGUCACAGAUAUUGGAGGAUAGAAGAGGUAGUAAUCGAUGUUCAACUUAAUCCCAAAAAUAUAAGGUUUAAAAUUCAUUAAAGAACACAUUAAAUGGAUUCUCAACCUUUGAAUUUCAGUUUUAGCUGCCGGUUCUAUGAGGUUUGUUUCAAGAGUUUUACAUCAAGCGGAUGCUAUAUCAUAAAAUCAAUGAAGAUGGUUUGAAGAAAUAUUGUUGCAAGCGUUCAUAGGCCACGGUGACUAAUUACCAU